AUGGCGUCCACGGUUGAUACUGUACUUGCGGUGGAGAAGUCCGCCGCCAACCAUGUCGAAGAUACUCUGGGCCAUGGCGCCAUCGACGAGGCCAAACAGGCAACCGACGACGAGCACGCGCAGUCACUGAUGCAGGCCUUGCGGGAGAACCGAAAGGCUGUGAUGUGGUCCGUUUUGGUCUCCGUGUCCAUCAUCAUGGAGGGAUACGAUACCAUCCUGAUGGGCAACUUCUUCGCCUACCCCUCGUUCAAUAAGAAGUACGGACAGGAUUACGGUGGUGACAUCGGAUGGCAGGUAUCUGCACCUUGGCAGACGGGCCUGAGCAUGGCCAGUACGGUUGGAUGUAUCUUCGGUGGUAUCUUGAACGGAUACUUAGCGUCCAAGCACGGUUACCGAAUUGUUAUGAUCGUCGCCCUUGCCUUCCUCACAUGCAUGAUCUUCAUCACAUUCUUCGCCAACUCUGCAGCAGUCCUCCUGGUCGGCCAGAUUCUUUGCGGUCUCUCAUGGGGAGUGUUCGCCACUGUCGGACCGGCUUACGCAUCUGAAGUGUGCCCCACCGUGCUGCGCGGUUAUCUCACCAUCUACGUCAACCUGUGCUGGGCCAUCGGCCAGCUGAUCGCCUCCGGUGUUCUCUACGGACUCGUCGGCCGAACCGACCAAUGGGGCUACCGUAUUCCCUUCGCUCUGCAGUGGAUUUGGCCCGUUCCUUUGAUCGCUAUUGCAUUCUUUGCGCCCGAGAGUCCCUGGUGGCUCGUCCGCAAGGAUCGACUAGAUGAUGCGAAGCGCAGCAUCCGCCGACUUGGCGGCAGCAAGACUGAAGACCAAAUUAACGGACAACUCGCCAUGAUGCUUCACACGAUCAAGCUCGAGUCCGAGAUUGAAGCCGGCACCAGCUACUACGACUGCUUCAAGGGAGUUGACCUGCGCCGCACUGAGAUCUGCUGCAUGGCCUUCGUUGGCCAGAUUCUGUCCGGCAGUACCUUUGCCUACUCGCCUACCUAUUUCUUUAUUAACGCCGGCCUGAACACGAACAACUCCUUCCAGCUCGGUGUCGGGUGCACUGCCAUUGCCUUUGUCGGAACUUGCUUCUCCUGGUGGUUGAUCACCGGAUUCGGCCGCCGCACACUUUACGUCUACGGCCAAGGAAUCCUCUGCGCCAUCCUCUUCCUGAUUGGCAUCCUCGAUGUGUCCUCAAAGGCGAACGGCAUCAAGUGGGCGCAAGCCGGGCUCUGCUUCGCCUGGCUCUUGACCUACUCCCUGACCGUUGGACCGAUUGCCUACGCCAUUGUCUCAGAGACCUCAUCCAUGCGUCUGCGUCCUCUGACUGUCUGCGUCGCCCGCACAGCAUACCAGAUUAUCAACGUCGUGUCACAAGUUCUGGAGCCCUACUUCAUGAACCCAACAGCGUGGAACGCCUCCGGAAAGACUGGAUUCUUCUGGGGUGCCACCGCACUCGUUGCCUUCCUCUGGGCCUUCUUCCGUCUCCCUGAGGCCAAGAAUCGCACCUACGCAGAGCUGGACAUCCUGUUCGUCCAGAAGGUCUCUGCGCGCAAGUUCUCCAAGACUGCUGUCGAUGUUUAUGCGGUUCACAAUUAUGAGUCCCAAGAGGGUCUUGUGCGUGAAAAGACCAACGAGACUAAGCAGUAA